AUUAUUUUUAUUAUUAUUAUUAUGAUUAUUAUUAUUAGUGAAGACUAUAAGGAAAAAAGUUAUCACUUUAAGCUUAUUGGCAACAUGUUUAUCUGCAUCAUCCUUUACAUAUGCUUUUAUGCAGAAAAAAAAAAAAAAAAACCUAUUGAAAUAAAGCAGCAACAUAAAGCAACAUUGUCUGUGCAUAGAAAGCGGUAGAGCGGUAGCAAACAACAAAAAGAGAAACGUUAGAGGUAAGGUAUAGUGUUUACUAUGCAUUAAACAUGCAACUCUGUUUCUUCUUAUCGCGUCAUUCUUCUUGCUGUAGGAGAAACAAUCAAACACAAAAUAUUUUUUACAUAUAUUAUAUAUGUUGUUUGCAUUUCAUUUUUUUUUGUUUUGUUUUUCACUCACUGUACCAAUGUUCAUGUUGCUCACUUUCUAAUAUGUAUUGUUGUUCGCUAAAAUCCCCUCAACAAAUACAAAAUAGAAAACGCUUGUAUGUAUAUUUCUCUUCCUAACCGCAUACUAACACAUAAGUGUGUAUGUUUAUGCGUUUAUAUGCGUUUGCAUCUGUGUGUGUGUGUGUGUAUGUGUGUGUGUGUAUGUUUAUGUGUAUGUUUGCUUACAAGCACUUAGACAUGCUUUACUAUCGCAUAUUAUCAUCACUGAAGAGCACUUUACUGUUUUGAAUGGAAAAAGGAAAGAAAAAAAAAAAAAAAGAGAAAAAAAAAACAUCAUAAAAAACCUACAAAUUUGCUGACAUUCUCAUUUCGAAUUAUUUUAUACUCAAACGUUACACAUACAUGAUUACUCGCAUCGAUAAUAUCUGGGAGAUGAUAAGUAACCCCAUUGAUAAUGCUGCCGCCGCUGCGGCAGCAGCUGCUGCCGGUCUAAUAGAUCAUAGUAGCCUUAUCGCAUCGUUAAAUAGCAACGUGGCCGCAGUGAAUGGUACUCUAACGACGGCGGUAUUAAAGAGUGCCUCGGUUGCUCAACAACAACAUCAUCACCAACAACAACAGACAAAUGCCGCUAUCGUCAAUAAUCAAACGUCGAAUCAACAAAAUGUAAAUGCAUCCGUUAACAGUAAUACAGUAGCCGCUGCUCAGCAGCAUUCAGCAGCUCAACAGGCAACGUUAGCCUUAUUAAAUGGUACGUCUGCCAGCAAUACGCAAACAAAUUCUAAUGCCUCCAAUGUCAAUGGUCAAACGAAUCAACAGCAACAACAGCAAACAGUCGUCGGCGGUCAAAAUGCCGUAGUAAAAGCCACAAAUUCGGGACGAUCUACCCCUAACAAUAGUGUUAAUGGUUCGGUGGCAUCUGAUCCUGCACCCGGUAAAUUAUUUGUUGGCGGCCUUAGCUGGCAGACGUCAGCUGAAAAACUUAAGGAAUAUUUCAAUAUGUUUGGCACAGUAACAGAUGUGCUGAUCAUGAAGGAUCCUGUCACACAGCGUAGUCGCGGUUUUGGUUUCAUAACAUUCCAAGAGCCCUGCAGUGUCGACAAGGUCCUACAAGUGCCGAUACACACGUUAGAUGGCAAAAAAAUCGAUCCUAAACACGCCACUCCGAAGAAUCGACCAAGGCAAUCGAAUAAAACUAAAAAGAUUUUUGUGGGCGGCGUCUCACAAGACACAUCCGCCGAAGAGGUGAAGGCCUAUUUCAAUCAAUUUGGUAACGUUGAGGAGACCGUCAUGUUGAUGGAUCAGCAAACGAAACGUCAUCGCGGUUUCGGUUUUGUAACAUUCGAAAACGAAGAUGUUGUAGAUCGAGUUUGUGAGAUACAUUUUCAUACGAUUAAGAAUAAAAAAGUCGAAUGCAAGAAAGCUCAACCGAAGGAAGCAGUUACGCCGGCUGCUCAACUAUUACAAAAACGCAUUAUGUUGGGUACAUUAGGUGUGCAAUUGCCGACACCUCCCGGUCAAUUGCUGGGUGCUCGCACUGCAGCCGGGGUUACAGCGGCUAUGAAUCCAUUGGCUAUGUUGCAGACCCCAACACAAUUGCAAUUGCAUGCCAGCGGAGCAGCGGCCGCAGCAGCUCAGCAGGCUGCUUUAAUAACACAAAAUCCAUUUCAAGUACAAAAUGCGGCAGCCGCAGCUGCUGUAGCUGCCAAUCCCGGAGGUUUUGGCAAAUUGCUAACCACAUAUCCCCAAGCAGCCUUACACAGUGUGCGUUAUUCACCUUAUCCCAUACCCGCAUCAGCGGCCGCAGCUGCCAAUGCUUUAGCUGCUCAACAUCAUCAUCAUCAUCAGCAGCAACAGCAAGCGGCCGCAGCAGUUCAACAGCAACAUCAGCAAAAUGCUGCUGCUGCUGCUGUUGCCCAACAGCAUUCGGCUGCCACAAAUACAGCUGCCGUAGCAGCAGCUGCCACUCAAGCGCAUAAUGCAGCCGCUUUAGCAGCAGCCGGUAAUACAUCAGCUGCUGCUGGAGCUGCUGGUGCCGUUACCAAUCCUUUGGCUGCCGCGGCAGCUCAACAAGCUGCUUUAGUCGCGUCAACCAAUCAUCACUUGAGUGCUGCUGCUGCUGCCGCUAAUCCAUAUCAAAGUUAUACGUUAGCUAAUGUCGAUAUGACCGGCUUUCAGGGUGUCGACUGGAGUUCCAUGUACGGCAUGGGAAUGUAUGUUUAAGCAGAUAACAAAUAACAACAAUAAAUGGAACAUAUUACUCACUAUUGAAUAUAAACACCCACCCACACACACACAUACACACACACACAACAAAAGAAAACACAACAAUUUUCUAUGAAAUGAUAGCAAAGAAAAAAAAAAUAAGAAAAAAAAUGGAAAAAAACGAUAAAAUUAUCAAACGUGUGGCUAAUUAAGGUAAAUUUAAAAAUUGUUGCUUCAAAUUUUGUUUAGAGGAAGUUUUAAAAGAACAAAAGAAGAAGAAGAAGAAGAAAACAAUAAAAAAACUAAUAAAACCUUCUUCCAUAUCCUCCCCCCUCGUUCCUCUUAUUCAUAUUGACCGAACGCCCUUCUCCCCUUUGCUAAUUACUUUUCUCUUAUUUAUAAAUUUUAUGAAAAACACAAAAAAGAUAAAGCAAACGCGCAGUUACACUUUAGUUAAGAAGUAGUUAUAGUUCUUAAGCUUGAAUUUUUAUGUUUAAAAAAAAAAAAAAAGAAAAAGAAAAAAGUUCAUGAAACUUCACAAAACACCUACUCCCUCACCCCCUGUCUCUCUCACUCUAUCCACUUUUAAUUUCUUCGGUUAUAUUUUCUUUUACCACUCCAGAAAAAACGGAAAACACAAAACAAAAAGAAAAAAAAAAAAA